AUGUCUUAUGAAUAUUGGAAUUAUGGAAAUAAAGAAAUGGAAUAUGAAGAGGUUGAAGAACCAAAUUCAUCGUUAAUUCAAAUUCAUACUCAAAUAGGAAAUAACGGACAACAAGCAAAUAAUCAUCCCAGUCUUCAUAAUGAAUAUGCUCCACAACAUCAAAUAAUUGAGCAACAUGCGCAAAAUAUGAAAAUGUUAAAAAUAAAUAGAAUACCAUCAAGACAACGAGUAGUAUCAAAUAAUUCAUACAGAGAAAUUAUAAUGCCAUCACCACCAUAUAAUAUUAAAGAAAAAUCAAAUUUAUCAUCUGGUUCACCUGGAAUUUCUGUAAGUAGUCCUAAUAAUGGAGAAGCAUUAUGUGCUGUUUGUGGUGAUGCUCCAGCAAAACUUCAUUACGGUGUCCUGGCAUGUUAUGGAUGUAAAGGUUUUUUUAGAAGAACUCUUAUAGGAAAGUAUAGAUAUGUUUGUAGAUUUGGUGAUAAUUGUGUUGUUGAUAAAUUACAACGUAAUAGCUGUAGAUAUUGUCGUUUUAAUAGAUGUCUUGAAGUUGGUAUGGAUCCUAAAGCAGUACGUCCUGAUCGUGACUUAACUGGUAGACAAAAAGUACCAAGAGUAAGGAAAAGGACAACAGACGAUGAACUUUUAAAACAAGUUAUGCAAUAUCAAUGUGAUGAAUGGACAAAUAAAUUACAUGUUGAAGCACGUGUAAUGAGAAUGCGUCUCAUGAAUAUUGAAGCAAAAUUAUCAAAAAGUGAGGAUGCUAUUCAACCUAUGAAUUAUAUUCCAGAAAAAAUACCACCAAAAGGUACUAGUUUACGUGAAUUAUUUGAAGCAAAACCUAAUAAUAAUAACAAAAGAAAUGAUGUUUGUUUUGAAAAUUAUCGACAUGCUAGACCUGAUGAACUGGCAACAAUUGCUAAUAAAAAUGCUGUUUAUUGUGCUCAUUGGAUUGAUGAAUUAAUUGAAUUAUCUAAACCAUUAAUUACUGAAGACAAAAUAAGUCUUGUUAAAGCAUGUUUUUCAUCAUUAACAAUGUUUAAUUUUGCUAUUAGAACAGUUCAAUCAACUGAUAAUAAUGAAGUUUUGUGCAUUAGUAAUAAUUUAUAUGUACAAAAAAAAGUGCCUUAUGAAUAUUCAGGUAAUAAUUUAUCUGAACUUCUUAUUGAAAGAACAUUAAAUGAAUUAGUAAUUCCAAUAAGAAAAAUGGAUUUAAAAGAUGAAGAAAUAAUACCAUUAAAAGCUAUUAUAGCAUUAAAUCCAAUAACAAAAGGUUUAUCUGAAUCAGGACAAUUAGUUGUUUCUGAAUUAAGAGAUAAGAUACAAGAUAUGUUAUUUCAAAUUGUUAAAGAAAUACAUCCAAUGAUAACAGCAUCAAGUCGUUUUGGAAAUUUACUUCUCCUUCUUCCAACUAUUACAAGCUUAUCUAUAAUAUUUCACGAUAAUCUUCAAUUAUGUCAUAUAUUUAAUAAUCGAAAUGGUGAUGAUAAUAUUUUGAGUGAAUUAUUUGAUGAAUAUACUAGAUAUGAUGAGCCAUUAAUUACAUCUAGUACAGUUUCUCCACCAAUGUAUGAAAAUCCUGCUGAUAUAUCGUUGCAAUCAAUCACACCAACAUUUAAUAUUAAUUCAACUCCACAAAUGAAUAAUCAUAUUGAUUCCAAUAACCGUAUGAUGAGUGUUAAUAAUUGUCAUAACAAUAAUUUAAGUCAUAAUAAUAUGAAUAUUAAUACCUGUAUGAAUACAAACAAUACUAUUAAUUCUCCUUCAAAUAUGAAUAAUAUAAACUCAAAUAACAUUUGUCCUACAACAACAAAUAAUAUAAAUAUUAGAAAUGGACAAAUGGGAGGUAAUAGACAUUUAAUAAAACAGGAAAGAUUAGAUGGAUAUACGCAAAAUGAAAUUGAUGAAUGUUCUUCACCAUCCGUGUCUAAUACAUCAUACAUUUCCGGAUCAUAUAAUUCAGCUGAAGAUGAAACAUUAUCACCAUUUGCAAAUAUAUUAGAUGAUGAUCUUGUUAACUCAUCAUUUGAUCCACAAGAUACCAAUUUUUUAUCAAGUUCUGUUUGUUCUGAUAUACUUGCAAUGAUGGAUUGA